AUAAUGAAGAAACAAUAACUUGAUAAAGUUUGCGUGAUAUAAAUAAAUUUUAAGAUCCAUGAUUAAAGAUAUAGAAACUAAUAGCAUACUUUUUUCUUCAAAAGUCUAGAACAGACCGCAAAAAUAUUUCAAAUAAAAUGAUGUUUUUUACUUUUGUACUUUUUAUGGUGAUCCAAAUUUUUAAUAUCAAGGACAUAAUCGCAGAUGACCAGUUUUAUACAGUGAACAUUACAAGAGAUUUUUUUAAACCUUACACCAAUAAUUUGAUAAAAUCAACCGACGUUUUAACGAAAGAUACAUACAUAUCUUUCAUUGAAUCAAUGGACAGCGAUAACGCCUUGACAAUCCUAAAAGCUAACAUCAGUAUCAAAGACAUCCAAAUCUGGGACUCGAAAACCAAAAAUGCGAUGAAUAAUCUUUGUAAUAGUUCUUAUCCAGCUGGAUCUAUUGAAGAAAACGUUUCCAAAAUUGUGUCCGCUACCGUUUUGGGUCACCUUGAAUGUCCGGUAUCGAAGGGCACGUAUCAAACUGUUCUCUAUAAAUUAGAUCAACAGACUCUUCAUUUCAACAAGCCGAUUCCUUGCGGCGACUAUGUAAUGGACGUGACUCUUGACACUGCAGACUUCAAGAGGGUUUUUGACUUUACUUUCAGUUGGACGAUACCCCUUGCUAUGAAUUGUGAAAAAGACCCCUCGAUCAUUAAAUAAUAAAUUUUAUCAAUUGUUCUUUCAGUAGCGCAAAAAGAAGAAAUAUAUUCUUCACUAAAUAAAUAAAAAGUAAAUUUCCAUUGUGGUAAAACAAUAAAGUAUCAUCUUCAUAAAAAAUCUUUCGAAGAAUUGACGUGAUGAUAUAAUAAAAUUUUAUUUGAAUCACGUGCGAAAGAUAAAAAAAUUCAAUAUGAAAAUUCUGACGCCUACAACAUUUGAAUGUUAAAUUUAUCCCCCAACUUUUCAGUCCAAAUUAUGCAGAUUGUUGUCGCGGAUUUUUUAAAGAUCAAAGUAAUAAUAAAAUUAAUUACUUGAGUGUAGAUGAAAACAAUAAUAUUAUCGGUUAUUAUCAUUGUU